AUGGAGACUGGCUGGCAAAAGAUGAAACGUCGCUGUCAAGAAGAGCCGCUAGUACCUUUGGGUUGUUUAGCAACAGCUGGUGUGCUAAUGGGUGGUCUAGCCUCGUUUCGUCGUGCUGCCGAUGCUGCAACGCAGCAGAAAUACAUGCGUCUGCGUGUGGUAGCCCAGGGUGCUACUGUGAUUGCUAUGGCACUUGGAGGCUUUAUUGCUAUUAAACCAAAAGAGAAUGAGAAGAAACAAAAGGACUGGAGUGGAUAA